AUGUCUGUAGCAAUUUCUGGCGGAAUCGGCGGCCCUGGCCGUGCCCUCGUUGAAGCUAUCUCGGCUCGAGGGACCCAUGAGGUUAUCGUGCUUACGAGAAAGGUUUCAGGAAGACCCGGUGGUGCAGCCCCAAAUGUUCGUUUUGUUGCUGUGGACUACUCCGAUAUCGAUUCUCUCGCCUCCGUCCUUGAGAGGUACAAUGUCGACACGGUCAUCUCUGCCGUCAACAACAUCACCGGGGAUAAUAAGUCAGAGUUGAAUCUCAUCGCAGCUGCCGAGAGGUCAAAAACAACGCGGAGGUUCAUACCAGGUCACUUCGGUGUUCCAAACCUACCCGAGUUUGGCUUCUAG